AUGGCUGUUGCGUAUGCAGCUGUUCUUUCUCUCAUUCAUGCCGUCAGGCGCGUCCAGAGGCACGGACUCUCUUACAGGCAACACGUCGAUCAAAUAGGGGAGAUGGGCUGCCUUCUGCACGAUUUUCUGAAAUUGUACUCUCUUGAAGACAUCGAAGAAGAAGAAGAAGAAGGAACAAGUAAUAUUGAGAGACAAAUUGUGGUUCUUGCUCAUGAGGCAGAAGAUGCGAUUGAAGAUUAUGUGAUUCAGAAACAUGUUUAUGGAUCAAGGAGUGUGUCAUCCUCACACAUUCAGUUGCUGGAAAGAGUCAAACAAUAUCUGAACUCAUUAUUGAGGAAAGUCAUGGAGAUUCCCGAGUUGAGAAACUUUGAAGAUCAAGAAAUGAUAUCCUGGAAGAGAGAUUUAGUAGGACUUGAGACUGAACAAGAUCAUGUCUUGGAAAGCCUCAUUCAAGGGGAUUCUUCAUGUCUGGUUAUUCCAAUAACUGGAGUGGGCGGUAUCGGUAAGACUUCAUUGGCUCGAUCUAUUUACGAAAACAAUCUUGUAUUGCAUCACUUUGAUGUCCGAAUUUGGAUCACAAUGUUCCACGAAUGCACGGUCCGAGAUGUUCUUUUGCAAAUACCUAUUUGUAAGGAAUUGCAAACUAAGAGUGAGGGUUUAGUUAGUGAGAACGAAUUGGGGGAACUGCUGCAGGCAAAUUUACAUGGUCGCAGAUAUCUAAUUAUAUUAGAUGGCAUGACGAGUUUGAAAAUUUGGGAUGACAUAAGUAGUUUUUUCCCAAAUGACCACAUAGGCAGUCGAAUUCUUGUAACAAGUAGGCUAUCAAGUGUUGCAACUUAUUAUGGCUUUCUAGGCCUUAAGAUGCGGUUUCUUGACGAAUCUACAAGUUGGCAAUUGCUUUGUCAAACAACAUUUGGAAGAAUGAAUUGUCCUUAUGAAUUUGAGCAUAUAGGAAAAGAGAUCACUCGAAAAUGUAAGGGCUUCCCCUCUUGA